AUGGCGGGCGUGGCCGUCAUCGUCAUCAAGAAGAUGAAGAAGAACAAACCCCAGGCAAUCCAGAACACACCCAACCCCCUCGUCACACCCUACCCUCCCCCUCCCCAGCAACAGCACAACUACGGCCAGGCCGCGGGAUACGGCGCAGCAGGCGCAGCUCCAGGCAUGGCGGCCGGGGCUUACAUGGGUUCCUCUGGUGCUCCUCCUCCCCCGGGAGGACCGCCUUAUGACCAAGUCCGCGCCCUGCUCAUGAAGUGCGUCCACGACCAGAAACUCACGGGUUUCCUCCGCCCCCAGGGCCCGAUGGACGUGGACGCAAUCGCGCGCCAAAUCGUGGACACUGGCGCGGUGCAGAUCAUAAGCGAAACGUGGAAACUGCCGCCGCACGUCGCGAUCGAUCUCUGCCAAAUCGCCCUCUUCAACGUGGCCAUUCUCGUCGACGAUUCUAGCAGCAUGCACGCCGAGAACGGCGAGCGCAUCAAUGACGUCUCCGCCAUUGUCUCGAAAGUCGCUGGCGCGUGCUCCCUUUUUGACGACGACGGUAUCGAGAUUCGCUUCCUCAACUCCAACGAACAGGGCAACAACCUCGAGAGCGAGCAGAUGGCGCAGGACUACAUCCGCCGAGCCAAGUUCAAGGGUGUUACGCCCCUCGGCACUGCGCUCGACCAGAAGAUCCUCCAGCCCAUGCUCGUCCGUCCCGCGCAGCAGAGGCAGCUCCGCAAGCCCCUCCUUGUGGUUGUCGUCACGGACGGCGCGCCCCAGGGCGAGGCGCCGAACGCUCUCGAGAGCGCCAUCACGAACGCUAGGAACGCUCUCAUGAACACGCCCUAUGGGCCCGACGCCGUGUCGUACCAGUUUGCCCAGGUCGGAAACGACGCGCAGGCACAGCAGUUCCUGUCCUCGCUCGACGAGCACCCCGUUAUUGGCGGAUUCGUGGACCAGACCAUGGCGUACGACUACGAGCGUGCCGAGAUGAAGCAGAAGACGGGCAAUGAUUGUGAGCUGCAGGGCGUGUGGAAGGACGAGGGUGCCCAGCAGCAUGGUGGAUGCCCCCACCAGUAUGGUCAACAGCAGUACGGCCAGCAGCAAUACGGCCAGCCCCAACAACCGUACGGCCAGCAGCAGUACGGUGCCCCUCCCCAGCAGUACGGCCAGCCGCAGUAUGGACAGCAGCCGUACCAGCAGCAGUACGGCCAGCCCCAGCAGCCGUAUGGCCAGCCUCAGCAGCAGUACGGCGCGCCUCCCCCGCAACAAUACGGCGCUCCGCAACAGCAAUAUGGCGCCUCUCCCCAGCAGCAGUACGGACAGCAGCCCUACGGCGCCCCUCAGCAGCAGUACGGCCAGCCCAACGCGCCUCCGCCAUACACGCCCAGCUCGACAGGCACGAAUAUGAGCUACUACAACCCCAGCGGGGGCAAGUACUAG